UCUCGCGGGCUGGCACUUUUUCAUCACCGACACCGACUAUUGAGCCGCCAAAGUUCCCGUGCAGAUAUUUCAACUUCUCGUAACCUUCUCAUACCCGUGUUCCGACAGUUGCCAAUCAUUCAAUAGCUAACUUUGCAGAAUGAAUGGCCAAUCGGACACCAGCUCUCACUGUUACUGCGACGUGGUGGAAGAAGAUGGCGACUCUUUGAUAUAUCGCGGGGCUUCUGCAGGCAGUGCCGCAGCUGAGUUAAAAAUAUUCCAGUCGCUGCAAGCAUUGUAACUGAAGUCACCCAUCACAAGUGAGUUAAAGAAAAAAGAAAAAAAAACCAUCAUAGACGAUCCAACGUGAAGCGCACGCACCUGUAGAUCAUGUCGAUUCUACUUUAUUCAAUUUCUUUCAGGUAAACAAUGCACGAAAGACAUCUUUCGCGAAUUUUCUCUAUACAGAAACCGAUAUUUGAAUUGCUAAUAUGAAUUGUUGGUGCCAACGGACCCGUAACGUCCAGCUGAAGUCCUGCUGCAGUAGGUGCUGUUCUGGUAUCCAAAGUUCUAUAUACCAAGAAAGUCUAUACGAAGAGCUUAAUCCAGCACCCCAUUCAUUCCAAUCAACGCUCAAGCACUCGUUACUGUAGACUUUAUGCUUUGGAACUGUUGACAACUCUCAUGAUACUCCCUCGCGAAAGAUUUGCACACACAGUCGCCAGCAACAAGUUCUGGGCAUGAGCGGCCCUAUAUACUCAAAACAAGGAUUCAUACUGCUUGAAUUUAUCUUGGCUCUUGGACAUCAUGCUCAAACGUUGACACAAUCUGUAAUUUGGUUUGCUCCCUCUUCCACAGUGAACUUCCUUCCGUCAGCACGUUCCCCAUCGCAAGAGCUGACGUCAGGUGGCUUAGUAACGCGUAACUUGGAUGACGUCCCAGAUUUUUAAAGUUGAGACUCCGAAAGGUAAAAAGGACGAGGCGGGUUGACUUUUUCUUCAAACCAAGAUUUGGGCAAAAGCGUUUGGUCCACAGGUCUUGGCCUUUAGGAUAUUUGUUCUAGUUUCUUCAGUAAAAGCACCCCUUUGUAACUUCCAACCAUGGCAAGAGUCCUGGCAUGGGCGAUACUACCCUUCCUCGCAGCGUUGGUGUGGGCUGGAAUCAUCACUGCGUUAUUGAUUCUGUGGUUGGCCACUGGUACACCGCAUUAUAAACAAGAUGCGGCUCCCAUUGUGUAUAUAUCAGAUGUUGGUGCGAAAUACAAGACGCUUUUUAUUGUUGGGACGGCAACGACGUCUGCAUUGUAUGUUGGGACCCUUUUAGCAGACUUUAUACUCCGAUCGUUGGGAUAUCUCCCUGAACGUCGUCAAAGACGUGAAACCAUCGACGCGGUGCUCUCGAUUCUGUUUGGGUUCCUUGCAGCAGCGUGUCUGACCCUCCUCGCAAUAUUCGACGCAUUCAACUAUAGUUCAAUACAUUGGGGACUUACGCUGGGGUUCAUCUUUUCGUUGGCUUGCAGUGCGGGAUUCAAGGUGGCAGAAUUGAGGAGGCUUAGGAAGGACCAUUGGGGGAUUAGAGCGCUCUGGAGAAGUUUUAGGAUAAAGUUGGUCUUGGUCACUUUUGCGAUUGCUCUCACCAUCGCUAUGAUCGUCCUCAUGCUCAUCUGCACAAACGAUGAGUCUCACCCAGACCAGUGCGACCCGCAACAUUCUGCAGCAGCUGUAUGCGAAUGGGUUGCUGCCUACGUCACUGCUGCGUACUUUUUGUCCCUCGUAGCGGAUUUCAGGGUGGGCGGGUACCCGCGGGCAGCGGCGUUGGAGGAAGUGCGGGUGGGCCCUUGGGGACAGAGAGAUUCAAAUAUUACAUUGGAGACGCGGGAAAGGCAGUAUUAUUGAGUAUUUUGAAUUGAUUAAGAAUAUUUUGGAUUUUGCUCGGCGAUAUGUUGCUGC